UUCCGCCUGCGCUGGGCCACGCCGGGCCGCUCUGCGGCGCCCGGGACAGUAGGGAACCGCGCCCGGACCCGGCGGCCGAGGUGGCGAUGGAGCUGAAUCCAGAGCUGCUGCUGCAGGAGGCCCGCGAGAACGUGGAGGCAGCGCAGAGCUACCGGCAGGAGCUGGGCCAGAGGCUACAGGGGCUGCGGGAGGCGCAGAGGCAGAUCAAAGACAGUGCAUCACAGACAAGAGAUGUCCUCAAGCAGCAUUUUAAUGAUUUAAAGGGAACCCUUGGGAAGCUCCUGGAUGAGCGAUUGGUGACCCUUUUGCAAGAGGUGGAUACCAUUGAACAGGAGACCAUUAAACCACUAGAUGACUGCCAGAAGCUCAUAGAGCAUGGAGUUAGCACUGCAGAGGACUUGGUCCAAGAAGGUGAAAUUGCCAUUCUUGGCGGUAUAGGAGAGCAGAAUGAAAAACUGUGGAGCUUUACCAAAAAGGCCUCACACAUUCAGUUGGACAGCUUACCAGAAGUGCCUUUGCUGGUUGAUGUGCCUUGUUUAUCUGCUCAGUUGGAUGACUCGGUUCUUAACAUAGUGAAAGACCACAUUUUUAAGCACGGGACGGUAGCAUCUCGCCCACCAGUACAGAUAGAAGAACUGAUAGAGAAACCGGGAGGCAUCCUCGUGCGGUGGUGUAAGGUGGAUGAUGACUUUACAGCCCAAGAUUACAGACUCCAGUUCCGUAAAUGUUCUUCAAAUCAUUUUGAAGAUGUAUAUGUGGGCUCCGAAACUGAAUUCAUAGUGUUACACAUAGACCCCAAUGUCGAUUAUCAGUUCAGAGUCUGCGCCCGCGGAGACGGCCGGCAGGAGUGGAGUCCUUGGAGUGUCCCGCAGAUGGGCCACUCCACGUUGGUGCCCCACGAGUGGACAGCUGGCUUUGAGGGGUACAGUCUGAGCAGUCGAAGGAACAUAGCACUGCGGAAUGAUUCGGAAUCCACGGGUGUUCUCUACUCCAGCGCUCCCACCUACUUCUGUGGGCAGACAUUAACUUUCAGAGUUGAAACUGUGGGACAGCCAGACAGGAGAGACAGCAUAGGCGUGUGUGCAGAAAAACAGAAUGGAUAUGACUCUCUACAGCGGGACCAAGCCGUGUGCAUUAGUACAAACGGUGCAGUUUUUGUAAAUGGAAAAGAAAUGACUAAUCAGUUGCCUGCCGUUACCACUGGGUCCACUGUCACAUUUGACAUUGAAGCUGUGACUCUGGGAACCACCAAUAAUAAUGAAGGCGGAAACUUCAAGCUUCGAGUGACUAUUAGCUCAAAUAACAGAGAAGUGGUUUUUGAUUGGUUACUCGAUCAAUCUUGUGUCUCUCUCUACUUCGGAUGUUCAUUUUUCUAUCCUGGAUGGAAAGUAUUGGUGUUCUAGAUUUUUGGGUGAUUGGCUUUGGUUUACAAGAUUUUAAUGUAGCUGCUCUCAUCCUAAUGUGUAACUGAAAAAAACAAAAACAACAUCUCAGUUAAGCCACUGGAAGUGGAAAUUGUUUAUUGGAUUUAUUUUGGAAUAUUUUAGCGAUAAGGGACUUGCAUAUUAUGGACAAAACCAUAAUGCAGUCAUUUUUAUUCAUAGCAUAGUGUUAAUUAAAAUAUCACAAUAAAAAUCAAAUUGGCUUUUAAAAUAGGAGAUAAAGCCCCCCACCCUCCAGUUUACUUUGUCAAGUUGGUUUUAGAACAGAAAAAUGAAUGUAACAUUAUUUUAUUAAGUCUCUGUCUUUUAAGGACCCAAGGCCGUGUAAGAGUUCAGUGUAGAACAACAGGAACGGGCCGGGUGGAGGCCUGGGCUCUGAAACGGACACUUGCUCAUGUGCUCUCCACAUGAGUGUUGCGUAUGUUCUCUGUCUUCAGGUGUGUGUAAGCGGUAUUGAAUUUUAUCUUGUGUUCAAUAUUCUUAAAGUCCUGAAAGCGUAAUAAUUUCUGCAUCUUUUUUUGUAAUUACUGAGGAGAUGUCUACCUACAAUAGGCAAAAUGUUUUCCUUUGUUCUUUUCUUACAAUUCGAUUCAUGAUAGGCUAAAGGAUUUUACAGGGUAAAACUACUGGUGGGAGUGGCACCAUGUCACGUGUGUGUACCAUGUACAUCCUCAGACCCAGCUGCAGUGCUGUCCAAACGACUGUUUUUAGGGGAUGAGCUGCGGUCAGUUUGUCGUCAGUUUCAAACAUGGUCUUAGCGAGCCAAGCAAACGUAUAGGGUGAAUACUUGACCUAUUUUUGGCAACUUAAAUUUGUGUAAAAUAUUUAUUUGAAGAACUUACUUAAUAUGUAAAAAUGACUAUCUUAUCUUGCUAUAUACCAAUCUAUAGAUUUUUUUAAUGUGAAUUUUUUUUAAUUUUUAGCAGUAGAAAAGCAAGUUUGAUAUUUUUGUAAAAUAAUUUAUUUGGGGACUCAAAUUCCCUGUGAGACAAUCGACCUUUUUCACUUGCCUUUUUAUGUAUAAGUGAGUCAUCUUUCAUUGACGACGUGCUAGAAUGUAGCUGCCUGGGAAAACUGUCUGAAACAAAAUUAAAAACUGUAAGGUAAAUGUGUGUAUUUUUUUCUUCUAUGAUACUUGAUGAAUCCCAUUUUAAUCUUUACUUUUAAGUAGAGGGAAAAAAGAGUUUCCUGUGGCUCCAGUCAUUUUAAUUCAGAUAUUGUAACUUGUGGAAAGGUACUAAUAUUCUGUGUAUAACCUUACUCACACUGAUAUUCUCUGGUACUUAGCACAGUGCCUGGCACAUAACAUGGGCGCAGUAAAUGUCUGACUGAAUGAAUGUAGAUGAGUUACUUCCAGAAUGUCAUCUCAUGGCCUUCAUUCAGCAAAUAUUUAUUAAACAUCUUAAUUUCUUCUCCUCCAUUAGAAAAUGACAUCUUAAAUUUAUACCUAUAGAAUCUGCCUAUUCACAGAAGUGACUUAAACCUAAUUAUUUUUAGGCAGGUAUGGAUUUUAAUUUUGAACUCUGAAAUUAAUUUAAAUAUUGAUAGUUUUUCUUGAACUGUGAACAGAAGAUUUUCUUAAAAGCCAUUCUGUUGAAACAGAUAAUAGACUUGGUAUUCCAAGUCUGUGCACUUGGGGGACAAGAGAGUUUGGGUGAUGAAAACAAUGAUAAGAAUUGAUAUUUAUUGUGUAGAAGUGACUUCCGGCCAAGAUGGAGGUGUAGGUAGACACAUUGUGCCUCCUCGCACAACCAAAAGAAGGACCACAACAAAUAUAAAAACAAAAAACAACCAGAACUAACAAAAUCGAAUUGUAUGGAAGUCCAACAACCAAGGAGUUGAAGAGACAUUCAUCCAGACCAGUAGGAGGGGCGGAGCAGGCAGCCAGGCAGAGAGUUGUGGCAAAGCAGUGGCUGGAGGACCAGGCGGACUCACAUUCACGUGCAGAUAAACCAGGAGGAACAACUGGAGGGUGAGACAGACAGUGCAACCCUUUAUUUCCAGCGCUGGGAAAUAAAGCUUCAGACCUCUGACUGAAAACAUCUGUGGGGGUUGUGCUGGCAGGAGAAACUCCCAGCCUCACAGGAGAGUUCCUUAGACCCAGAGGAUCCUAGAACAUGCACAAACCUACCCACCGGGGAAUUGCACCAGAAGGCCCCAAUUUGCUUAUGGGUAGUGGUGGAAGUGACUAAAAUCUGGCAGAGAGCGGAGCAAGCAGCAGUUUCCUCUUGGACCCCUCCCCCACAUAUAGUAUCACAAUGUGGGAUGCCAGUUGCCCCACCCUAGUGAACACUUAAGGCUCCGUCCCUUACUAUAUAACAAGUGUGCUGUGACAAAAAAAAAGUGGCCCAAAUGAAAAAACAGAUCAAAGCUCCAGAAAAAAAUACAACCAAGCGACAGAGAGCCAGCCUAUCAGAUCAGAUGCACAGUUCAAAACACUGGUAAUCAGGAUGCUCACAAAAAUGGUUGAAUAUAGCUGCAAAUUAGAGGACAAAAUGAAGGCUAUGAAAAGUGAAAUAAAGGAAAAUAUACACGAAAUCAACAGUGACAGGAAGGAAACCAGGAUUCAGAUCACCAAUUUGGAGCAUAAGAAAAAUAAACAUUCAACCAAAACAGAAUGAAGAAGCAGUAAUUCAACCCUGGUGAUCAAUGGGGUGACAUAUGUCGCAGCCAGAUCGCCCUCACAUCCUGAAGAAGCAAUAAUUCAAAAAAAUGAAGACAAGCUUAGGAACCUUCAGGAUAUCUUUAAACAUUCCAACAUCCAAAUCAUAGGGGUACCAGAAGGAGAAGAGGAAGAGCAAGAAAAACUUAUUUGAAAACAUAAUUAAGGAGAACGUCCCCAAUAUGGCAAAGGAUUUAGACUUUCAGGAAGUCCAGAAGCAUAGUCACAAAGAAGUUGAACCCGAGGAGGAACACAUCAAGGCACAUCAUAAUUACAUUACCCAAGAUUAAAGGAAAGAAUCUUAAAAACAGCAAGGAGAGAGUUACCUACAGAGUUCCCAUGACUGUCAGCUGAUUUCUCAAAAGAAACUUUGCAGACAAGAAGGGGCUAGAAAGAAGUAUUCAAAGUCAUGAAAGACAAGGACCUACAUCCAAGAUUACUCUAUCCAGCAAAGCUAUCAUUUAGAAUAAAAGGGCAGAUAAAAUGCUUCCCAGAUAAUAAGGUCAAGUUAAAGGAGUUCAUCAUCACCAAGCCCUUAUUACAUAAAAUGUUAAAGGGACUUAUCUAAGAAAAAUAAGAUAAAAAAUAUGAACAGUAAAAUGACAGGUACUUCAUUUUAGGCUACUAAAAUUUAGCUAAUAUUAGGCUACUUCGAGUGGUUUCUGAUAAGAAAAAAUCUGCUAUCAUUCUGAUUUUCCUUAUAGAUACGUGUCGUUUUUCUCUGCUUUCUCUGUCUUCAGUUUUUAGACAUUUAAUAUUGUUGUAUUUUUACAUGGAUUUCUUUGGGGUUACCUUGUUGUCAGUUUCUUGAAUCUUUAUGUCUGUGGCCAAAUUUGGGGAGAUUACAGCCAUUAUUUUAAACCCUAUUUUUUUUCCUGCUCCAUCUGGGACUCCGGUAACAUAAAAUUUACAUCUUUUAUUUAGACCCACUGAUUCCUUAGGUUCUCUCUUUUUGUCUAUUUUCUCUGUGUUGUUCAGAUUAGGUUAUUUCUGUUCAGUUCUUGCAGUUCCCUGAUUCAUACCUUUGUCACCUCCAUUGUACUUUUGGGCCUAUGAGCUUUUUAUUUAAAAAAAAAAAUUUUUUUUUUGUAAUUUUAAAUUCUAAAAUGUCCAUGCAGCUUUUCAUUUUCCCAUGUUUCAAGUGUGCCCAUAAUUCCCUAAUUGAAACAUUUUUACCAUGGUGUUAUGUCUACUUGACUGGCCUAAGGGAUGUUCAGGUAGUUAAACAUUUUAAUGGGCAUGUCUGUAUGUUUCUGGGAGAGAUUAGCACUUGAACUGAUAGACUGAGUAAAGCAGAUCGCCCUCCCCAACAUGGGUGAGCAUCAUCCAAUCUGCUGAGGGCCUGAAUAGGACAAAAUGGCAGAGGAAGGUUGAAUUCAGUCUCUGCCUCCCUGAUGAGCUGGGCCAUGCAUCUUCUGCACUCCUGGUUUUAGGGCCUUUGGAUCUGGACUGGAAUCUGCCAUUGGCUUUCCUGAGUUCCCACCUUGAAGUCAGAUCAUGAGAUUUCUUGGCUUCCAUAAUUUUGUACUGGUUCUGUUUCUAUGGAGAAAACUAAUGCAGCUGCUUUAAAAUCUUUGCAGUUAAUUCUAAUACCUUUGUCAUCCAAGUGUUGUUAUCCAUUGUCUUCAUUCAGUUGGAGAUCUUUCUGGUUCUUGCUGUGACAAGUGUUUUUCUGUUGAAAUGUGGACAUUUUUGUGUUUUGAGACUCUGGAUCUUAUUUACACCUCUGACAGCUGGCUUUUUGACACCACUCUAGCAGAAGAUUGAGGGGAGGGGCGCUGCCUCAUUACUUCCAAAUGGAGGUAAUAGAAGUGUCACUUCUACUCAGCCUCCAUCAACAAGCAAUAGGAGACACUUAAGUUACUGCUGCUGCAUUGCUGUGGGAGUUCUGCUUCCCUACAUGAUCUCCACUGACACUGCAUUUUGGGGUUGUCCCAGCACUUUAGGCAGGAAAGUUGAUUCCACCAGGCUUUUUCUGAACCACCCCAUCUGAAACAAGGAGAGGAGAGAAAGGUCAUUACUGCUCGUGAGGAUGGAAGUCCAGGAUCCUCUGUCACCACAGUGGGUAGGGCUCCUCAUCACUGCCUGGUGGAGGUAAAAAUUCUGUCUAUUUGGCCUCUAAGACAAAUUUCUAAAGAUGGCGAGUUUGGGCAAAGGUUAAGUGCAUUUUAAUAGACAUGUACUGGAGAUUGUACCAAUUAUUUUCCCACCCAAAAAUGUGCUUAAAAACAUUUUUACUUUUGUCCCAUCUCUUUAGUACUGUAUUUUAAAUUUAAAUUUUUCAGUUACCACCAGAACUGUCGAGUGCCUAUUUCCCCAUUCCUUGCCAAGUGUUACUAACAAACUUUCUUUAGCGAGCUGAAUCUGUUUCUUGAUCUUACUCCUUUUUCUGGAAACUUUUUAUCUUUGGUCUUUUGUUUCUCCCUUUCUUCUUCUUCCUGUCAGUCUGUGACUAUACUCAACCUUCACACUCACUCUCCCCCAAAUCUUUCAUUGCCUGUUUCCCUCUUGCUGUAACCCCACUGUUCACAUAUUCUGUGAUAAAUUUCUUCAGUUCAUUUUCUAUUUAAUAAACUCAUUAAUACUGUUUCCUAUUGCUUAAUCUGCUUGAAAUUGUCAUUUUACUCAUUUUGUUAUGGGACUGCUUCCUUUUUGGAACUUCUCUUUCUUGGCUUCAUCACUCUUAGUGCAUUUUCAUUCCUCUGUAUUGCAAUACCAUUGAACAGUUUUACCUUCUUAAUCACUUCAUGACAGGCAGUGUUAUACAACAUUCUAGUGAUCCUAUCUGUGUAGAAAUUCUCCCCUCCCGAAUUCUUAACUGUGGCUCACCUAAAAUACAUACUGGGUCCUGGCUGGUGGGCUCAGCGAAUUGAGCACUGGCCUACAAACCAAAGGGUUGCUGGUUUGAUUCCCAGUCAGGGCACAUGCCUGGGCUGCGGGCCAGGUCCUCAGUAGGAGGUAUGCAAGAGGCAACUACACAGAUGUUUGUCCCUUUCUCCCUCCCUUCCCCCUAAAAAUAAAUAAAUCUUAAAAAAAAAUUCUGGUUUUCAUAUCUAUGCAGUAAAUCUCUAACUACUUCCAGAUCUUUACUAUGGCAUAUAAAGCCCUCAUGUUAGCAACUACCAGUACCAGCUAAGAUCAUUAGUACUAAGGUCAGUGAGAUAGACUUAGCAGUCUAAUGGAAAGGAAUCAAGUGCUUAAAAGGAAUGCACAUGGUGGUGAGCUCUGGGAAAAGAGGUACAUUCAUCUCAAAAACAAAAACCUGUACAGACAAAAUGCUGUUACUAGUAAAUAAAGACCUGCUGAACUAUGAACUCUUCUGUCAAGUUUUCCCGAACUCAACUUUUACAACUACUGACCUCAUAGCAUGUAGUAUAUAAUUUUAUCACACAGUAUCACUUUAUAACUAUCAUUUGUAUUCCUCUGUAGUCUGGGCUUUUUGAAAGUCAAGAUAUUUCUUCACUAAAAAGGAAAUGAAAAAAAUCAAUCCACAAUCAAAGAUGGGUAACUUUCAAUACUGACAUAGGUACUACUAUAAAGAACGUAACAUAACAAUUUGAAAUUGAUGUUACUAAAACUGAAAGCAGGUUUCACAUUAAGCUUUUUUCUUAAUUUUUUCCUUUUGGCUGAAACAAAAGACAUUUAUUUCUCAGUUUUGGAGGCUGGGAAGUCCCUUCUAAAUUUAUUACCUCUGACUGAUAUAUGUACUUCUGGAUCCUUACUAUGCUAACAAGCCAAAGUUUUAGUGCACACAUUAACGAUCCAUAAAAUAAACACAAAACUGAAUACAACUUUUAUAUUAUUGAACUUUAUGUACAAAAUCAUUUGAUUGCAAAUAAACAUUUAAUGUAAAAACAAA